ACCUGUCCAUCACGAAGGGCUGCCCCAGCGCGCACACGGCUGCUCCGGCGCGUCACUAUGGACCCGCAAGAGGAAGUGCGAGCGGCCCAGGACGAAGUGAAGCAACUGAAAGCGCAGCUCGCGGCCCUCCAGCAGCUCCAGGCCUCGCCCCCCAAACUAAGACAAGGGUUAAAGAUCCCGGGCCUCAAGAACACGGACACGACCUUGAAUUAUAUUGCGGACGGCGCCGGGAUUCGCGAUAAUGAUCCGCUCAACCGGCCCCGUAGAAGUCCUCCGCGGCGGCCGCAGCGCGGCGGCCCGUCUGAGGAGUGGUGGAAUUGGGAAUUAGUUGAUGCGCCGAAGCCCAAGGCGAAUCUGAGAAGAGGCGUCCAGGCCACGAAUCUAUUGCAGCCGCAGUGGCCCCAGCCGCGCGUGGCCCCUGCCAUCUCGCGCGACGCGACGCCGCCCCUCUUGCCAGGCUGGAAGGAGCCGUCCUACAAGUCGCCGCUCGCGAAGACCGAACCCAAGCUCCGGGUGGGGCUCCAGAUUCCCUCGUUGGACGAAGCUAGACGAAAGCCGGAAGCGCACCAUACUGUGGCGGCAAAGAAGUUCUCGGUAUCACUCCCGGCGCCGUCGCCCGAGGAAGAUAGAGUUCACAAGGAAUUUAGGACGACGCCGCGCUUCUCGCCCGACGAAAAGCCGAAGAAACGGCGGUCCCCUGAGGAGAAGCCGCGGCGACGGCGUUUUCCCGUGGUUCCGGCUGGUCCGCGCAUUGUGGAUAUUGAGCCGGACUACAAGCCCGGCCCGCGGACGGCGGCGCGACGUAGAGUGCAUGCGCGGCGGUCCGACGUGCAGUUACCCGCUCUUCAGCGAAAGACGCGGCGGCGGAAGAAGUGGUACACGCCACCGCCCGCGCCGUCGCCGCGACGCUACCUCGGCCCGGUCAUGGGCGGCCGCAAGGAGGAGAUUCGCAAGCUGCGCGCGCACGAGCGGCGGGCCCUGGAGUCGCGGGCGAUCAACCCGCGGCUGGCGGGGUCGUUGCAACACGGCGACGACUCGGGCGCGUCACGCUUCAUCCGCGAGCGCAACCGGCGGACGGUGCUGAACAACAUCCUCAUGGGGCGGUUGUAACUUAGGCUAC